AUGGUACUCGAAGAUGUCGAGAAUACGGCGCCAGAGAGCUUCGGAGAUGACCCACAACCCUCCUUAAAUGACGCAUAUUCAUCAACGCCCACUUCCAGACCCAACGGCCACCGCUUCGAUGCGAGCACCCUCCCACGGCCGCUGCCAGUUAUAGGCUCCUUUAUGGGUUUUUCCAGUGCCGCAGUGCGCUUCAAAACCGAAACAACACUCAAAUUCGCCGAGCAGAAGGUGGGACGUCAAUUGAACCCAGAAGAAGCGCAGGCGCUCGCAUUCCACAUUUACAAACUCGAGCAAACAAAAAGCUAUUUCGCCGCUACUGGUGCUAUGGCCGGGACAUGGCAGUGGUACCGGACCUGGGACAAGAUGAAGUAUCCCUUCUAUCAGCCGAAAGUGGAGGAUAUUGACAAGAACAAGUUUGGUCCCUUCACUGGCGUACGGGCGCAAUUUGCGCGACACGCAUGGCGAUGGGCACUAUACGUAGUCGUCGCAGGACAAAUGGGUAGCAUUAUUGGCCAGCUCAUCGCGCAACCGCUUGCUGCCGUCAAUACAUCUAAUGACCCCAAAUUGGUCCAGUUCGGCGUCGAGUUAAAGGCCUCAUCACAUGCUGAUCGAAAGAAGAAUGAACAAAUGGGACGUGAGAUUGGGGACAAGCGAAGACAGUUUGAAGAGCAAGUCAAGAAUCGUUCCGGUGGUGGUCCGUCGCCGCAACCAAGUUGGGGCAAGCAUCCCAAAGCUCAGAAUGAUGAUGACAUGAGUCCGACUGCUGGCAACGAAAGCUGGGGGUCUGACGCAGACAGUUGGGAGUCUUUCUCGGAGGAAAAGCCGCAACCAAAACCGCGAACACAAGGACCGCCACCACCAAGCCAAGCCUGGAACCGUCAACCACCCUCACAACGUCAACCAGAGUCUUCAUCAUCUCUGCCUUUUGACGAUGACUCUCCCACUGGUGGCCUCUUCCAGGAUGAAGUCAAUAACCCUAAACCAGAGUCUCAAGCGCAAUCAGGGUCAUCAUGGGAUCGCCUAAGGCGUGGUGAUGCGCCAGUACCGCUCCAGACUCCUCGUCGUCAACCUUAUCCAUCAAGGGCAGUGCCUGAACGCAAGGAGCAACGAGAGGGGUCUACAUUGGGAGACUCGUUUUCUUUUGUAGAGGGUGAUGAAGAAAGGAGCAGGGAGCGGGAGCGCGCACAGCAAGAGUUUGACGCUAGGAUAGAGAAGGAGCGACAAGGGCGCGACUUUAAUAGCGACGAGGGGAAGAAGUGGUAA